UUAAAACACGGCGAUGCCUUUAACCCUUUGGAAGGACUGGCACGCGGUCCGGCAGCGACAAGCCAGCACGGCCCACCUCCCCGACGCCGACCGACCCCACGCCGCCACCCUCCCGCCGCGCCGCGGUUCGAACGCGAGGGGCGUGGCCGGACGGAACCCCAAACCCGGCGACCUCUAGACGUCGCGACAUUUGAUAGGCGACUUCGGCUUUUGCGCUCCGGAAGUGGAAGUGGAGUAGUGAGGGAUCCCUGCGCGUUUGGUUACCUUGGAGAGCCGUUUUGGGUGCUGCUGUGUGGACGACCGAGGCCCCUCCAGGACGUCCCGCGGAAGGAUCUUAAAAAUUGUACAGAAUUUCAAGAUGAGCGAUACUUCUGAAGAGAUUCCAAAUUUUGAAGAGAUGUUUGCAAACAGAUUCACACAAGACGACAAAGAGUACCAGGAAUACUUGAAACGGCCCCCCGAGUCCCCUCCAAUUGUUGAGGAGUGGAAUAGCAGAGGUGGCGGUAACCAGAGAAAUAGAGGCAACUGGCUGCAAGAUAACAGACAGUUUAGAGGUCGCGAUAACAGGCGAGGAUGGCCAAGUGACAAUCGAUCAAAUCAGUGGCACGGACGGUCAUGGGGUAACAACUACCCACAGCAGAGACAAGAGCCUUACUACCAUCAACAGUACGGACAGUAUGGCCCCAACCAGCGGCCUCCAUAUGGUUACUACUGACAGAAACGAUGAGGCUUUAACAAAAGGCCAUUCAUUUUGAUAAUGUGCUAAAUGUUCGUUUGUCUUCUUUUGGUCAUAGUUUUUCAUUCUGUUUUACCGAAUGGGUUGUUAAUUGUUUAGAACUUGAGACUUGAAAAUAAUUUGAUCUUGCUAGAGGUGUGACAAUUGAUGGGAAUAAAGUGGAUUAUAUUGUUUGGCUUUAUCUUAAAUACUGUUUUAUGAUUUGAUAGUGUUUUGAGUUUGGUAUGUUUUCCUUAUUUGAUCUCUAGGAGUUCUAUCUUUAACACAUAAAUUUUAAAUAGGAAAUGCUGGCUAUUACUUUAUAGAAGAGUUCCAGAUGAGCUCACCUUGGACGUUUCUUAGAGUGAGGACAGUCAGUCUGUGAAAAACACCUGUGAUUAUUUAUCGUGUAUUGUACAUAGUAGCAGCAAUUGAGAGGUAAAUAAACGUGAAUCCGCUCCUGAA